AUGGUAGGUCCAGGCUGGAUGGUGAACCCGCAAGCCACUCAGGGCCACAGCCGGCUUCUCUUUGUCGCCCUGGUUGGGGCAGCUAUUGUCGAAGCACCACAGCAGCGAGAAGCGUGCGUUUUCCGUCGUCGUUUGGACUGGAACGUUCACAAGCAGAUACUGUUGCUGGAAGGCCAAUUCAAAAGAUGCUACCGCAUGGAAGCUUCGUCUUUUGAGCUGUUGCUAUCGUUGAUUAGGCCCACUCUAGCCCGUGACGAGAUGAAGUCGACGAAUCGAACAGGAACCGACCAAUUACAGCCUGAGAACAUGCUACAAAUGACACUUUCUUGGCUAGCAGGAGGCAACUACAUGACUAUUCGUGGUUUGGCUGGCAUGUCUCCCUCUGGAAUCUAUGGAUGCAUGCAUGCUGUUAUGGACGCCAUGUGCCACUGUCCUGAGCUGCGCAUUCAUUCUCCAACGGAGUCACAAGAACGCAUCCACGACCUUGCCGAGAGCUUUACAAACAUCAAUGAAGCUGCUUUCUUCUCGGGUCAUUAUCAGAAGUUCGGAGUCAAUGUUCAAGCCAUUUGUGACGCGUUCUCCCGCUUCACAUGCUAUUGCAUGAAUUUCCCAGGGAAGGUCGUUGGCGACAACGCGUACCCGUUGUCCGACUCUCUGCUCGUACCAUUCAACAAGUUGGAGCUCAAAAGCCGAAAGCACUCCGACUUCAAUUUCUAUCUGAACCAAUUGCGCAUUCGGAUUGAAAUGGCUUUCGGUCUGUUGGUCAACAAGUGGGGUAUCUUCAAGCGCUCUUUGGUUGUGGAUUUUGUGAACGUGAAGAAGGUGAUCAAGACGUGCAUGAAGCUGCCUAACUUCUGCAUUGACGAGAGAAUUAAAAAUGAAGAGAGCGCAAAGAGACUUCAAGUUGUGUCGAUGGAGUACCACAAUUUGCCCGAGAGCGAGUAUCAGCCGACAGACAAUUCUGAAUCUACUGUUGGCUUACGUAAUGACGCUCAGGGGCGCAUUCUUCGUGAAGUGGUUGUCGAUCAUAUUCAGUGUUGUGGGCUCCAGCGGCCCAAACGUCGGCACAGCUAG